UUUCAUGUCGGUGCGUUGUUUGUGUUCGUUGGUUCUUUUUUUAAUUAAAACACUCACUCCCUGAAUUUGCUUCCCAACUCUCAGCACACUCGUUACAUAGUGUCUACUGAAUGACAAUUUGAGAAUGACAUAUAGCCUAAAUGUGUGAAGGACAUUGUAGAGUGUAGGCCUUUAAUGUUUGAUUUUUAUUUUUAUUUUUUUACAAUAAUACACUUUAGACUAGCAAGAAGCAUUGUUGUCCUUUUAGGUCUUUUUUUCAAUGCACUUAUGAGUCUUACCUCCAGUCGGUUUUAUUCAGAAGGCUCUUAACAACACAUUACCAGAGGCAAAGCUGAUUGAAUUCAUUAUGGUAGUUGCCUUUGCCUUGGAGAGUCACGCUGACAACCAUCAUGUGAUGGCCUGCAGUCCAUCAAGCAGAACCGAGGAGUCUCUCACCAAGUCGCUGCUGGCCGUGGCUUUCCUGGCCUCGUUCGGUAGCUCCAUGCUCUAUGGCUACAACCUGGCCGUGGUCAACUCUCCUGCAGAGUACAUCAAGGCAUUCUAUAACCAGACGAUGGUAGCAAGGAACGGGACGGGUCUGGACGACAAGACUCUUACGUUGUUCUACUCUGUCACCGUGUCUGUGUUUGCCAUCGGGGGCAUGGUGGGCAGCCUCACGGUGGGCAUACUAGUCACCAGAUUUGGAAGGAAAGGCACCCUGGUGAGAAUCACAUGCCUGGUGUUUAUAGCUGGAGCCUUCAUGGGCUUCAGCAGGACCUUCGGCUCUCCAGAGAUGAUCAUUGUUGGACGCUUCAUCACAGGGGUACACUCAGGUAUCUCCCUGAGUGUGGUGCCAAUGUAUCUUGGGGAGAUAGCACCUAAGAAUCUACGUGGGUUCCUGGGCCUCAUGCCUAGCAUCUUUAUCUGUCUAGGAGUCUUCAUCGCUCAGAUCCUGGGGCUACAUGAACUACUGGGCAAGGAAGAGCACUGGCCCCUCUUCCUGUCUCUGGUGGUGAUCCCCACCAUGUUCCAGCUGAUGCUGUUGCCAUGGUUCCCAGAGAGCCCGCGGUACCUGCUCAUAGAGAAGAGGAAUGUCCACGCCACCAUCACAGCUCUGAAGUGGUAUCGGUCCAAAGUGAACAUCCAGGCAGAGAUCGAGGAGAUGCAGGAGGAGCAGCGGUCCAUGUCCUCGGUCCAGACCGUGUCGGUCAUCGGUCUGCUGAAGGACCGGAGCGUCCGCUGGCAGGUCAUCACUAUAGUGGUGGUCAAUAUCGGCAUGCAGCUGUCCGGUAUCGACGCGAUCUGGUUCUAUACCAACACCAUCUUUGAGAACGCAGGUAUCCCAGUCCCUCAGAUCCAGUACACCACGGUUGGAACCGGAGCCAUCGAGGUUAUCGCUGGAUGCGUAGGGUGCUUCACCAUUGAACGGCUGGGCAGAAGACCUCUGAUGAUUGGUGGAUUCACCUUCAUGGGAAUUUGCUGUGCAGGGAUCACGCUCUCCCUCAUGUUCCAGUCCCACUACAUCAGUGUUGCCUGUGUGGUGGGGAUCAUCGCUGGCUUCUGUAUAGGACCAGCUGGAGUGCCCUUCCUGAUUACAGCAGAGCUGUUUAAACAGUCCCAUCGUCCGGCUGCCUACACCGUGGCUGGAUGCCUCAACUGGCUGUCCAACUUCACCAUCGGCUUUGUCUUCCCCUUCCUACAGAUGUCGGCAGGGGCCUACUGCUACCUGGUGUUCUUUGGCGUGUGCACGGCAGUGGCGGCCUACGUCUUCUUCAUCGUCCCCGAGACCAAGAACAAGACAUUUGUGGAGAUCAGCCAGAUGUUCGCGGCCAGGAACGGCAUGCUGGAGGAGGAGAGCAGCGAACUGGCCGUCGCUAACAACCCCCAACUGGCCAAGACGAACGGCUAUGGUGCCGUCGUCCUGGAGUACGACGUGAUAGAGAAGAAGAAGUAGAGGGGGGAGAGAGAGAGAGCGAUAGACGUCAGUAGUCUAAAAGUAUCUCUUCUCUUCAUCUGUACUGAUCUGAAAACACCCCACUGGGCACAGACGUCAGUUAAACGUCUAUUUUUGAUUUCCAUUUGGUUGAAUCGUCAACUAACGUGAAGUCAAUGUGAAAUUAACAUAAAAUGUCACCAUGACACUGGCUUUAGGUUAAAAGUCAGAUAAACAUUUUAAAAAGCCAAAAUUCCCUUUUUGCAAAUCCAAUUUGUUUCCCACAUUGAUUCAACGUCAUCACACUGAAUGUGUUUGUUGAAAUGAUGUGGAAACAACGUUGAUUCAACCGUUUUUUGCCCAGUGGGACAGAAUAGGUGAAAGUAAUGAGGUGGAAUUGGUGGACUUUGCUUUUCCCUGCCCAGUUAGUACAGACAAAGAAGAAAAAUCAUCUGUUUCGGUUCAUUGUUCAGUAUUUCUUCUGAAUCUGUGUUCAUGGUUUACAGACACCUGUGUCAGUCUACAAAACCCCUAAUGUCAGAGCUCUAGGAUAGUGUGUGAGAUGUGUGGUGGUGUUUUAAAAUGUUGUCAAUGGUGUCUUAAGUUUAAUUAUGUCCAUAUCUAUGUAAAUGGAAAGAUUUCUGUCAGAAAUGUUAUCUCCAUACCGUUCCAAAAUGUAACAUUUAUUGUCACCAGUUGUACAGUAACCUAAAUUGACUCUAUGUACUGUUUGGAAGUCAGCACAUCUACAACCAUUAGGUUUCACUCUCCUCUCAGUUAUACGUGCCUCUCUCUCCGUGAAUCACGCUGAAUGUCUUUUCUCAAUCUGGCUGAAAACCUUUUCCUACCAUGUACAGUAUAGAGAUAAUGUAUUUAUUUAUUGACACAGCAACAGUAUGAUGAUAUGAAUGCAGUAUCUGACUUGACCGUUUUCGUGAUCACUGAUUUUGACAGAAAAUGAGGGCAGUCCACAUCACGGUAUACUUUUAGAAACACUAUCAGGUGUUAUAAUGCCUUAACAAUGUAUUCAUAGCACAUUAUAAGGUGCUAUGAUCCUUUAUAAGGCUUCAUAAGAAGGUGCUCCAAGUGUUACCGUGUCUUUGAUCAUGUUUACCUUGCUUAGCUGAAGAGAACCAAUAACUUGAGUUUGCUUGUUUGUUUUUUUCUUCUCUCUUUUGCGUAAGUGAGUUGGUCAAUGUGGCUACUGUAGUAGUCAUUCCAUAUUCCGAGGCAGGAUAAGUUAUAUAUCGUACAUGUUAAACAGAUAUGCACAAGAAAGUGUGUAGGAGGAUAAACAUUAGGAACACCUUCCUAAUAUUGAGUUGCACCCUAUUUGCCAUCAGAACAGCCUCAAUUCGUGGGGGCAUGGACUCUACAAGGUAUUGAAAGCGUUCCACAUGGAUGCUGGC